UCAGACAUUUUGUUUCUUCAGGUCAACACGACUGUGUCACAGUCAUAAACAACUUUUUUUCACGUGCCCGGCUCGACUACUACACCAGACUCCAGGGUUUGGAGAAGGAGCCGAAGCUGCCGCCCAAACUGGCCGGUCCUCUGCACAAGAUCAUCAUGAGCACCAACUUGAACCCAGUUAAGACGGUAUUGCUGGUGAAGGACAAUCCCCUGCUGGCUGAGGCAGAAGCGCUGGAAAAAUGUCGUCGUGUGAUAGAGCUCAUCUGCGAGAAAUGCAUCAAACAGCAGGAUAUGAAUGAGGUGCUGGCUGUAAAGAUGCACUACAUCAGCUGUGUGCUGGGAAAAUGUGUCUCCUUCCUCAGAGACGGAGACGACAAGCUGGAUGGACUCAUCAAGAGGUUAGUUCAU